AUGUCUGGAUUUUCCAGUAACUUAUCAACAAAUGACUCUACCCUGUGGAAAGAAAAUCAUAAUUCGACGGACCUUUUAAAUCUGCCAGGAACUCUGAAUAUCUAUCUGUUUUGCCUGACAUGCUUAAUGACUCUUGCAGCCCUGGCAGGCAGCAUUUAUUCGCUAGUUUCCCUGCUGAAAACGCACAACAGAACCGUUGUGUCCAUGCUUGUGGCUUCCUGGUCUGGGGAUGAUCUCAUGAGUGUCCUGUCGGUGACCAUCUUCAUGUUUUUGCAGUGGCCAAACCAGGUCCCUGACUACUUCCAGGCUCUGUGCACCACCUCUGCCUUACUAUAUUUAUGCCAGGGCCUCUCGAGCAACUUAAAGGCGACUCUCCUAGUCUCCUACAACUUUUACUCGAUGCACAGGGCUGUGGGGAGCCAGGCAGCCUCCAGAAGAUCCGGCCAGGUGCUCGGCGUGGUGCUGACCGUGUGGGCAGCCAGUCUGCUGCUCUCGGCGCUCCCGCUGUGCGGCUGGGGCACCUUCGUGCGCACGCCGUGGGGCUGUCUGGCGGACUGCUCCAGUUCCUACGUGCUGCUCCUCUUCGCUGUGUACACUUCGGCCUUCGGACUCCUCGCCGGCCUCUCUGUCCCGCUCACUCACCAGUUGCUGUGUUCGGAGGAGCCGCCGAGGCUCCACGCCAACUACCAGGAGAUUUCCCGCGGAGCUUCCACUCCUGGGACCCCUCCAAGUCGGGGGGGAGUGCUUUCCUUGUCUCCAGAUGAUGCUCCCGGCCCUGCGCUGCGCUGUUCUGGGGGAUGCUCCCCCAGCUCCGACACUGUGUUUGGACCGGGUCCACCAGCGAGGGCACAGCUGGGGCAGGGGCCGGGACACGAGGCUGCCGCUGUGGUUGGAGCCUGCAGGCGUGAGAACCGGGGGACUCUCUAUGGCACCAGGAGCUUCACCGUGAGCGUAGCGCAGAAGCGCUUCUCUUUGAUCCUAGCGCUGACGAAAGUCAUCCUUUGGCUGCCCAUGAUGAUCCACAUGAUGGUCCAGCACGUGGUAGGGUUUCAGAGCCCUCCCUUCGAGACACUCAGCUUUCUACUAACCCUGCUGGCCACCACUGUAACCCCAGUGUUUGUCUUGUCCAAACGCUGGACCCAUCUGCCCUGUGGCUGCAUCAUCAACUGUAAGCAGAACGCAUAUACAGUGGCAUCUGAUGGGGAAAAAACCAAGAGGAGAGGCUUUGAAUUCAAUCUGUCAUUCCAAAGGAGUUACGGGAUUUAUAAAAUAGCACGUGAAGAUUACUAUGAUGAUGAUGAAAAUUCUACAUCCUAUCACAAUCUCAUGAAUUCUGAAUGCAAAACUACAAAAGACUCUCAGAGAGACACUCAUAAUAUCUUUAAUGCCAUAAAAGUGGAAAUCAGCACCACACCCUCUCGGGACAGUUCUGUACUAAAAGGGAUCAACAAAUGCACAAAUACUGAUAUUAUGGAGGCUAAACAGGAUUGCCACAGUGGAAAGGGUGUUGAUCCACUGAUUUCUGAAGAAACAGGAGGUGAUACAAACUAUGAAGAAACCACCUUUUUGGAAGGGCCAGAAAGAAGACUUUCUCAUGAGGAGAGUCAGAAACCAGACCUUUCAGACUGGGAAUGGUGUAGGAGUAAAUCAGAAAGAACCCCUCGUCAGCGUUCUGGUGGUGCCCUUGCCAUUCCCUUGUGUGCAUUCCAGGGGACUGUGUCUCUCCAAGCACCUACAGGGAAAACCCUAUCUCUUUCUACCUAUGAGGUAAGUGCUGAAGGACAAAAGAUAACCCCAGCCUCUAAGAAAAUAGAAGUCUAUCGAUCCAAAAGUGUUGGCCAUGAACCAAACUCAGAAGAUUCUCCCUCCACAUUUGCGGACACCAGUGUGAAAAUACACUUGGAAGUUCUUGAAAUUUGUGAUAACGAAGAAGCCUUGGAUACCGUGUCAAUCAUUAGCAACAUCAGCCAGUCCUCUACACAGGUCAGAUCUCCAUCCCUACGCUACUCGAGAAAAGAAAACAGAUUCGUUUCUUGUGAUUUAGGGGAAACAGCCUCAUACUCUCUCUUCUUACCUACAAGUAAUCCUGAUGGUGAUAUCAACAUCUCCAUUCCGGACACUGUUGAAGCACACAGGCAGAACAGUAAAAGGCAGCAUCAAGAGAAGGAAGGCUACCAGGAGGAAAUCCAGUUGUUAAAUAAAGCUUACAGAAAAAGAGAGGAAGAAGGCAAGGGUAACUUGUGA